ACGUGCAUUAAUAACAUUUGUUUCACACCUUAACAUCUAUACUAUCUUCCUCAAUUUGCUCAUCUUGUCACAUCUCAGGAAACUGAUUUAUCCACCUGGAUCCUCCUCUUCACUAAAUACUCAACAGGUGGCGCAACUCUCGAUCAAAAAGAUCAUUUCUUUUUUGGAUAUCUGAUUCUUAAAAAAUUUCCCAUCCAUUGCAGAAUUCGGAGAUGGAAUAUUUCCAGAAAGCCAAAUCUGUUAGGCUAAGGAGCCACCACGAGAAAUUCUUACUAGCUGAUCCUGAUCAAGAAACCGUAUACCAAGAUCGCACUGGAUCUUCAAGGAGUGCAAAAUGGAGUGUUGAAUUCCCUGAAGGAUUCGAGAAUGUUGUCCGAUUAAAGAGUUGUUAUGGCAAAUACUUAACAGCCUCAGAUGAACAAUUUCUGUUUGGUGUAACGGGUCAAAAAGUUGUACAAAGUUUUCCCAAUAAACUAGAUUCAUCAGUUGAGUGGGAACCAAUGAAAGAAGAAGGUUCCCUUGUAAAGCUGAAAACAAGAUAUGGGAAUUAUUUAAGGGCAAAUAGUGGAUUACCACCUUGGAGAAAUUCAGUUACACAUGAUAUACCUCAUAGGCAUCAAGAUUGGAUCUUAUGGGAAGUUGAUACUGUUGAGUUAUUGCCAGCUGAAUCGCCUGAAAGCAUUUCGAGAUCGGAAUCAGUGGGUGAUGAUUUGAGCUCAUCUUUUCAUCUUACCACUGCUAAAUUUUCCAGGACUCAGUCCGCACUGAAGUCUGAAGGUCGGCUAAUCUAUUAUCAUGUGCCAGAUGAAAAUGGAAAUGCGAAUGAUUCAGUGGAAGGGCCUUCUUUUCAGUUCAAAGGUCAUGGAUUAGAGGAAUUGACUCAAAAGUUGGAGAAAGAAACAGGUCUGGAGAAUAUUAUUGUUUGUUCGCGGAACAAAUUUAAUGGAAAUUUAUAUCCUCUUCGUUUAGCAUUACCUCCAAACAAUGCAACUAUGCAUGUUGUUGUAAUACCUGCAUCGUCUAAAGAGUGUUGGUGUUUUCACUAAGAUCCCAUAUAUAAACCACAGGCCUCAGUAUGGGGCGGGUUGUUGAGUGGCUACGUAGUGUUGCUCUUGCAGAGCUUGCUGUUAAAGAGAGUUUGUUGGUAGAAGAUGGCAAUGUAGCUGUAGAAGAUUUUGCUUCUCUUCAGUGUUCCUAUGUAUAUAUUUGGCCGCAUGACAAGGCGAAGAUGCACGUAGAUUCGGAAGGAUGAUUGGGUGAGAGAGGGAAAGAAGACACCCUUGUUGCAGCUCAAUUUGAGAUUGAUGAGGUGAUUGCAUAUAUAGAUGACCUGUAUGGAGCUAUCCACCUUUCAGAGAUGGAUCUUCGGUCUGCUCAUCAACAUCUUAGAAUUAGGGAAGAAGAUAUACUUAAGAUAGUUUUCAGUACAGAUUUUAGGAGUUUUUUGUGAUGUCCUUUUGACUGACAAACUAUGUUGCUCGAAUGUUCCAAAAACGUUACCUCACUCGUGUUAGAUUCUCCACAAAUAUCCUUGGGAUUUAUCUUAGAGCUAGCUGACAUACACAUUCUGCUCAAUUUGUUGUCUCUUGACACUGAGUUCGUCAACCUAAAAUAGUACAGAAUGAGGUUUUGCUUGUGUAUCACAGUGCAAGUUACAAGUGUGUGACCGCAUUCUGCUAGGAAUUUGUCCUGAUUUUCUUAA